UUCUACCGUUAAUCUUUAGUCAGUACUUUCACAGGAACGCACGGUUGUUUAAGUUUUGACAGGCAUUUUUAAUAUAAUUUGGGAACGCUUAAGAGCUCCUUUGAAAAAAAAAAUAUAGUGAACAAUUGUGAAAUUUGAAUCAAUUUACAGUUUAGAUGACAAUAUGAUUUAGUUUUGGAAGAUUUGGGGGUUUCAAAGGGGGAAUGCCAGCUAAUUUUACCUAGCGAAAGCGGUGCGUGCACAUUGGCGAUUAUAUUUCUGAUUAUAUGUGGCGUGUGUACAUUACUGAAUACAUGUAGUGCGGAGCACGAGUUUAAAACAAAAUGGAAAAAGGCGGUAAUGCUGAGCAAUCACACAUUAAAGUGCCUGCUCUGAAGCAAAAAACACGAGAGAAAUCGAUAUAUUCAUAUAAAUGUGAUUCAGAUAAACGUAUGGUGAAUCUGAACUUAGCUAACAUUGUAUUUUUAUUGGCAUAAAGAAUCCACAAUACUUUAUGGACAAAGUUUCCUUAUAAGAAAUGAGCAAAGGAGUUCAAUGUACUUUCACUUUCGACAUACGAGUAUUUAUGGUCUAGACUGUUUGAAAGAGGCAGCCAUUUCAGAUUUUGUAGAAAAGGAGAAGCAUGUCUACACUUCUACUAUUAUCAGGGCUUCUCGGAUACGCAGGAGUUUCUUCUGCCGAGACAAAAUCAUUGCAAUACUGCAUCACUGUAUCCACAAAAGGGUCUGGCGUACCGGAAUUCAUUCUUGUAGGCAUGGUGAAUGAUAAUGUUUUUGAGUAUUUUGACAGCAGUAUGGAUACUGGAGUUUUCCGGAUUAAGUCACUGGAUGAGUCAUUUGACCUCAAAUUCAGGCAGACACGUUCUUUACUGGCAAUCUCGAAGCAAAAGAGAAUGAAAUGGAAGCUAGAUGCCGCAAUGCAGAAAUUCAACCACACUGGAGGAACUCACACUUACCUCAGAAUUGCUAGGUGUGAAAUGGAUCAUGAUGGAACAAGAAGAGGCUAUAUGUUUGAUGCAUAUGAUGGGAAUGAUUUUAUCAGUUUUGAUUUUGAAACAAAUAGCUGGAUUGCUGCUGUUCCACAGGCAGUGUCCGAUAAACAAAGGAGAGAAGCUGAUACAAGUUAUAUGCCAAAUAUGAUAAACUUUUAUCAUUAUGAGUGCAUUGAAUGGCUGAAGAUGUUCAUUGCCAAUGGAAAAAUGUAUUUAGAGAAAAAAGUUUGUCCUGAAGUGAAACUGAUAGAAAGGAAAGAAGUACAGCCUGAAUGGAUUAAAGUCACAUGUCAUGUGAGUGGUUUCUACCCAAGAAACAUUGAGGUGAGAUGGCUUAGAGAUGGACAGCAUACACUCGCUGAAAGAGAAUUAAUUGGAGAGAUACUGCCUAAUGAAGAUGGGACAUACCAACUGAGAAAUACCCUGACAUUGACACUGGAAGAAAAGACAAAACACAUAUUCACAUGUGUCGUACAUCACAGCAGUCUGGACAAGCCACUAGAAAAAACAUUUGUUCCUCAGACUUCUCAUACAGAUUUCACUGUUAUCGGAUGUAUAAUCGGUGCAAUCAGUCUGUUCUUUAUUGUCCUUGGAUUUAUUGCCUGGAGAAAGUUCAAUGCAGGUGCACAGAAAUCCAACUAUGAACUAACACAAGUUAAAGAAGAAAGUGAUACAUCAUCAGCUGGCUCUAAUAGAAUAUGAAGCAGCUGUCUGUCUCUAUAAAAAGUGGCAUCUCCUGCCCUGCAAAACUCGAGCUGCCGGUUAUAACUUAUAGACUACAUUUUAUGAUUUUUCCUUUGCAUUCAGUGACCAAAGCUAU